AUGGCUUCCAAAAUUGUGGUCAUUGGCGAUGUGGAUGGUCAGUUCCAGGCUGUCUUCCAGAAAGUGAACGCGCUGCACGUGAAGAACAACUUUGCUUUCGCGCUCAUUAUUGGCAACUUGUUUGCUAGCACGCAGAGCUCCAGCGAUGUAGCUGAGCCGGAUGUGCAGUCGCUCGUGGAUGGCAAAAUCGAAGUUGCACUCCCAACAUACUUCGCUCUUAGCAACCACGCCCUACCGCCAGCAGUCGUCGAAAAAUUGCAGUCUUCACACGAUGAGCUAUGCCACAAUCUGCAUUUCCUGGGUAAACGAACGACUAUGAAGACCUCAGAGGGAAUUCGCAUUGUUGCACUUGGCGGCCAAAUGGACCCCAACAUCAUUGCAGGCCAGUCCAAAGACAAGUACCCACCUUUCUACGGCGAGACAGAUGCAAAGAUCCUCCGUGGAGCAACGACAGCCGACAUUCUUGUGACCUGUGACUGGCCUGAGGGUAUUCAGAAGCGUUCGAAGGCCGAGCUCAGCGCAGAGGUUUCGCCUUCGGCGCAACAGUGUAUCGCCGACCUUGAUAUAGUCCUUAAACCCAAGUACCACUUCUCGACAUCCAAAAGCUCUUUCUGGGAACGAGAGCCAUUUUUCCACACCCCGAGUGAUGAUACCGACAACCUUUACCCAGUCACCAGGUUCAUCAGUCUGGCCAAAUACGGCAACUCUAACAAGCAGAAGUGGAUCUACGCCUUCUCAUUAGAUCCCACAGCGAGCAAUCCUAUCGCGCCCCCGCCUGGUUCUACAGCCUGUCCUCUUGUUCUAUCAGAGAAGAAGCGAGCUGCGCCGGAGCCACGAGAGCAAGCUUUGGUGUACGAUGACGGUACUCGAUUCGGCAGACGAUCGCACAAGCGGCGCAAGGGUGAGCCUCGAGGACCAUUGACUGCAGCUGAAUGCUUCUUCUGCCUCGCCAACGAGAAUAUCGCAACACAUUUGGUCACCUCCAUUGGCGACAGUUCCUACGUGACCACAGCAAGGGGACCACUAUCGACAUCACAAACAUACCCCAAGCUCGGCUUCCCAUGUCAUAUGCUCAUCAUUCCCUUCUCACACCAACCCACGCUCGCUGCAAUGGAAGAGGAGGAAAGGCUCGCCACCUACGCUGAGAUGCAGAAGUACCGAGUCGCUAUGAACAGCAUGCUGAAAUCAGUUGCGGGCGAAGAGUACGGAUCCGUGGUGUGGGAGGUGAGCAAAUCGAGUCUGCCGCAUACGCAUUGGCAAUACCUUCCGGUCCCGGCAAAUCUCAUUGGCAAAGGUCUUGUCGAAGCUGCCUUCAAGGCGUUGGCCGAAAACCUACAUUGGCCGGCCUUCACAAAAGAAGAUGUCGGUGAUGGAUUCGAAGAAACAAGCGACUUCUUCAGAGUCCUUGUGUGGGACCCAAAAAACGCCCCAGAGAAGCAGACAAGCUUGGUCUUGCGCUUCGAUGACAAGAUACGCUUCCACAACCAGUUCGGUCGAGAAGUACUAGCCAAACUGUUGAGGCUGGACGAGAGGAUCGAUUGGAAAAACUGCGGCCAGACACAACCCCAGGAAGAGCACGAUGUUGAGAAGUUCAAGGAGGCCUUCAAGACCUUCGACUUCGCCGCCGAGUAGAGAUGCUUCGAUUCCGUUUCUGCCAGACACCUGUACGCAUACCAUACCUCUAUCAACAGAACAAUUGAACAUGCGGCGAUCGCCGACGGGAUUGAGAGUUGAUAUCGACCUUCCUACCUGGCGACGCCAUGUCUACGUAACACCUCCUUUAUCUGGCGCGCACUUCCUCGAUACCUCGAACAAGCCUAUCAAACAGCAUUCAGAUAUUGCCAAUCCCAGAGUCGCAGAGCA